GCUGGGCAGGACGUGUUUCAGCGCUGCGUCGCAGACAGAUAGAGUGUGUGAGCGCGUGUGCGUGUCCAGAGUCAAGCCAGUGUGUGUAUGGGUGUGUGUGUAUGUGCUGCCGUGCGAGCACAAGACAGGGAGUUGCUGUAGUUUGGAGCUCUAAAGCGGGACUGGACUGGACUCCACUGAGACUCUGGGUCUUUUUUCCCCCAUGUGCACUUCUCUUUAUUUGCUUUAUUCCUCUGUUCUUUUUUAAAAAAAGGCAGGAGAGAGGAGGACUGAAGCUGGGGCUGUUUUGAGACAGAAUGAGAAGAAACUGAAGAUACAUACUGCAGAAAAAACACACACACAAGCAGAGACAGAGAGCACUUAACACACUCUCUCUGCUUCUGGGAACUCUGUGUGUCUGUGGAUAUACACUUGUGUGUGUGUGUGUGUGGCUUUGUGGCAGUGCUCAGUAUGUGGAUGUUCUGCUCGCUCGGUCAGCUUUCUCUGACCGGCAGGGCUGCAGCGAUGUGAUCGGCGUCCACCGCGGCUGCCUCUGACCCACAUCACCUGUUCCCUUCCCCCCCCCAGGGUCUGCCUCCUGAAUCGGACCGGCCCCAGGGGCUCUCUCUUGGACCAGAAGUCCCUUCGCGCUCUCUCACUGGACCGCUGGCGAAUCUGUGUGCGUUUGCAAUUCUGAGAGUGUGAAAGAAAGAAGAAGGAAAAACAAAGGACUGAAAAAAGAGAACCCACAUCCAGCCGGAACCAUGGACUACCUCUGUCGGAUUUUACUACUGCUGACCGCAACAGUGCUACUGGGCAGGAUGGACGCCCAGCAAGCCAAGAGCAACGUUCCCCGUCUGAAGCUGUCCUAUAAAGAAAUGUUGGAGUCCAACAACCUGGUGACCUUCAAUGGACUGGCCAACAGCUCAGCCUAUCACACCUUCCUGCUGGAUGAGGAGAGGGGACGCCUAUUUGUCGGAGCCAAAGAUCACAUUUUAUCCUUCGACCUCGUGGACAUUACCAUGAACAAUCAGUUGAUAUCGUGGCCUCCAUCUUCAACACGAAGAGAUGAGUGCAAGUGGGCAGGCAAGGACUUACAGAAGGAGUGCGCCAACUUCAUCAAGGUGCUACAUCCGUACAAUAGCACCCACCUGUAUGCCUGUGGCACCGGAGCCUUCCACCCAGUCUGCGCUUACGUGGAGGUGGGCAAACGGCCUGAGGACAACAUCUUUCGUCUGGAGUCUUCACACAUGGAGAAUGGCCGUGGGAAGAGUCCGUAUGACCCGAAACUGCUGACUGCUUCGCUGCUGAUUGAUGGCGAGCUAUAUGCAGGCACAUCAGCAGACUUCAUGGGGCGGGACUUUGCUAUUUUCCGAACGCUGGGAGAACACCACCCAAUUAGGACUGAACAACAUGACUCAAGAUGGCUCAACGACCCUCGAUUUGUCGGUGUCCAUCUUAUCCCGGAAAGCGACAACCCUGAGGACGACAAGAUCUACCUGUUCUUCCGUGAGAACGCCAUUGAUGGAGAACACGCCGGCAAAGCCACCCACGCCAGGAUUGGGCAGCUGUGUAAGAAUGACUUUGGAGGCCACAGAAGUUUGGUAAACAAGUGGACGACAUUCCUCAAAGCACGACUGGUCUGUUCUGUCCCGGGCUUCAACGGCAUCGACACACACUUUGAUGAGCUUCAGGAUGUUUUCCUCAUGAGCUCCAAGGAUCCCAAGAACCCAGUCAUAUAUGCUGUGUUCACUACAUCCAGUAACAUCUUCAAAGGCUCAGCCGUGUGUAUGUAUAACAUGGCCGAUGUCCGCAGGGUGUUCUUGGGCCCAUACGCUCACAGAGACGGACCCAACUACCAGUGGGUCCCUUUCCUUGGGCGAGUGCCCUAUCCUCGUCCUGGAACGUGCCCAAGUAAAACUUUUGGAGGGUUUGACUCCACCAAAGACCUACCGGAUGAUGUCAUCACAUUUGCCCGAAGCCACCCAGCCAUGUACAACCCCGUCUAUCCAAUCAACAACCGGCCAAUCAUCAUCAAGACGGACGUGGACUACCAGUUCACCCAGUUGGUGGUGGACAAAGUAGAGGCAGAGGAUGGCCAGUAUGACGUCAUGUUCAUUGGCACAGAUAUUGGCACAGUUCUUAAAGUGGUGUCGAUACCGAGAGGGACCUGGCAUGACCUGGAGGAGGUUCUGCUUGAAGAAAUGACUGUAUUCAGGCAACCAACUGUUAUUACUGCCAUGGAGCUCUCAACCAAACAGGUAAAUAGGCAGUUAUUCAUUUUAUUUGUAUUAAACUGCAAUUUAAUCUCUCAUCAACUAGCUAUCAAGAAUGGCCAGCUCCACGGAGAAACUCGUCGCCAGGACAUCAGAAACGGGGAUCCCUUGACCCAGUGCUCCGACUUACAGCAUGAAGAUGAACUGCAGGGCCGUAGCGUGCUGCUGGAUAAGACGGUGUAUGGUGUAGAGAACAGCAGCACCUUCCUGGAGUGCAGCCCCAAGUCCCAGCGAGCCCUCACUUACUGGCAGUAUCAGAGACAGGGGGAGGACCGCAAACAAGAGAUCAAGUGGGAUGACCGCGUACUGGCCACCGACCAGGGCCUGCUGAUCCGUAGCCUGCAGCCACGCGACUCCGGCAUCUUCUACUGCCACGCCGUGGAGCACGGCUUCAUGCAGACGCUCCUGCGUCUCACGCUGCAGGUCAUCGCCGCCGACCACCUGGACGAGCUGCUGCACCGCAACAACGACCCCACCGCCCUGGCCCCGCUCAGCAGCGAGGCUCCCGGAAACAGCGGCGCCAACCCCCUGGGCAGCUCGACCAACCAGAAGGUGUGGUACCGGGACUUCCUGUCCCUGCUCAACCACCCCAACCUGAACAGCGUGGACGACCUGUGUGAGCAGGUGUGGAAGCGGGAGCGCAAACAGCGGCGGCAGAAGGCGCACAUGAUGCAGGCCAGCCAGCAGCACGCCAACAAGUGGAAGAUGCUGCAGGAGAACAACAACAAGAAGGGCCGCAACCGCAGGACCCACGAGCAGCAGCGGGCGCCCCGGAGCGUCUGAGCUCCUGCCUGACUGAAAAUGACAGAAAAAAAAAAAAACACAGACAAACAAACAAACAAAUAGACAGACAAACAAAAACAUGAGAAUAAUAUUGAUGAUGUUGAUAGUGAUAAAAAGACAUCUUCCUUUCCCUUUGCCUCUGACUGAGAAGAUUAAAAAAAAAAAGAAAUAUAAAAGAAGAAGCUCAAACUGGAAACAAACAUGCAAUAUUCUUCUUGUUGGUGUGUAUGGGGAAAGUGUGUAUGGGUUUGUGUGUCUGAGAAAGAAGGAGAGCGUGAGGUGUGAGAGAGACAAAUGAAUGUGUGUGUGUGUGUGUGUGUGUGUGUGUGUGUGUGUGUGUGUGUGUGUGUGUGUGUGUGUGUGUGUGUGUGUGUGUGUGUGUGUGUGUGUGUGUGUGUGUGUGUGUGUGUGUGUACAAGCAUGUGUGUGAAUGAAUGCGUUUGCAUGGGACGGGAUGUACACAUGGUUGUAUCCUGAUCGGACAUUUACUUGAGCAUGCUACUCGAGUUCUGCCCAGUUUACACUGAGCACCAGGGAAUGACUUUUUGGACCGAAAAUGUGGACUUGGACUUCCUGUAAAUACCAUAACAGUGGAAAAAAAGU